AUGACUUCGUUAUUAAAUUUUGUAUAUACUUAUAUUUCAGACAUUGCUCGAUCGGCUUCACUUUUCAAUACAUUAUCUACGUUCCAUACUUCAAAGAGUUCUUCAAAAUUAAGCCAUAAUUUCACUAAUAACAAUGAAAUACAUACAUCCGCCGCGCGAACAUCAACAUUAUUAUCUACAUCUACUGGUUUUCAGUUAAAUCCUAUAAAUAUUACAUCGUAUCGUUUGGCAUCAACCAAUUCAACAUGGAAUGAAUCAUCGUUACCAGACAAAAUUAAAUCAUUGGAUGAAUAUAAAGCACUCUAUGAUUUAUCAAUUAAUGAUCCUGAACGAUUUUGGAAGAUGGCAGCUGAACGUUUAGAUUGGUAUCGUUUUCCAACAAAAAUAAAAAAUACUGAAUUUGAUUAUCGUACUGACCGCGGUGUUGAUAUAAAAUGGUAUGAAGAUGGUAUAUUAAAUGUUUGUUAUAAUUGUCUUGAUCGUCAUAUUGAUCAUGAUAGUAGUGCAUCUAAACAAGUAGCAGUUGUAUUUGAACCAGAUACACCAACUGAAACUCGUCAUCAUGUUACUUAUGGUGAAUUAUUACGUGAUGUUAAAAAAUUUGCUAAUGUCUUAAAAAAACAUGGAGUUAAAAAAGGUGAUCGUGUUACUGUUUAUAUGCCUAUGGUCGUUGACGCUUGUGUUGCAUUACUUGCAUGUGCACGUAUUGGUGCAAUACAUUCAGUUGUAUUUGGAGGUUUUAGUGCAAGUAAUGUUGCUGAACGUAUAUCUGAUUGUGAUUCAACAGUAGUAAUAACAAGUGAUUUUGGUUUACGUGGUGGAAAAUGUUCACCAUUAAAAAGUAAAAUUGAUCAAGCUUUAAAAAUGAAACAAUGUAGUAAUGUUCGAACUGUACUUGUUUUUGAAAGAAAUUAUGGUAAUAACGCUGACGUAAAAGAUGCUUGUAGUGAUCAACGUGGAACACUUGAAUGGAAAGAAGGAAGAGAUUUUUGGGCACAUAAAGAAAUGGAAACAGUCAAUGAAAAUUGUCCACCUGAAAAAAUGAAUGCAGAAGAUCCAUUAUUUAUACUUUAUACAAGUGGUUCAACAGGUAAACCAAAAGGAAUUGUUCAUACAACAGGUGGUUAUUUAACAUAUACAAGUUUAACAUUUAAAUAUAUAUUUGAUUAUAAUCCGGGUGAUGUAUACAUGUGUACUGCUGAUAUCGGUUGGAUAACAGGUCAUUCAUAUAUUAUUUAUGGACCAUUAUCAAAUCGUGCAACAACUGUUGUUUUUGAAGGUGUACCUACUUAUCCUGAUGUAUCACGUUUUUGGAAUGUUGUUGAUAAACAUCAAGUAAAUAUUUUUUAUACAGCACCAACAGCUAUUCGAUCAUUAAUGGCACAUGAUGAUAAAUAUGUUACUAAAACAAGCCGUCAAUCAUUAAGAAUUCUAGGUUCAGUUGGUGAACCAAUUAAUUCUGAAGCAUGGAAAUGGUAUCAUUCUGUUGUUGGUGAUAGCCGAUGUCCAAUUAUUGAUACAUGGUGGCAGACUGAAACAGGUGGUGUUAUGAUUACACCUAUAGCAAAUGCUUGGGAAUUAGAACCAAGUUCAGCUACACUUCCAUUUUUUGGUAUCAAAACACAAUUAUUCGAUAAAAGUACUAAAAAACCAUUAACACCACCAAAUACUGGCGAAUUAUGUAUUCAAGAUUCAUGGCCUGGUCAAGCACGUAGUCUUUAUCGUAAUCAUGAACGUUUUGUUGAUGUUUAUUUUAAACAAUAUCCUGGUUAUUAUUUUACUGGUGAUGGAUGUGAAAUUAAAAAAAAUGGUUAUCAUUGUAUUACUGGUCGAGUGGAUGAUGUUCUUGUUAUUUCUGGACAUAAUAUUGGUACAGCUGAAGUUGAAGCUGCACUUAAUGAACAUGCAGGUGUAUCAGAAUCAGCUGUUGUUGGUUAUCCAGAUAAGAAGAAAAAUCAAGGAAUGUAUUGCUUUGUAGUAUUGAAAGAUGAUACUAAAGAAAGUGAAGAACUUCGAAAAGAUCUUAUAAAAAGUGUACGUAAUACAAUUGGUGCACAUGUUAAUCCAGAUGUUAUACAUUUUACACCUGAUUUACCUAAAACACGUAGUGGUAAAAUAAUGCGACGUAUUUUACGUAAAAUAGUUGAACCUGAUACUAGUAAUCUUGGUGAUAUAUCAACAUUAACUGAUCCAAGUAUUGUCAAAGAAUUAAUUAAAAAAUCUCCAAGAACCAAACAUUCGUAG